AUAGGUGAGGAUUGAACCCUUGACCUGUUUGAUACAAAACCACUAAAAACUCCACUAGGGUAAUCGGCUACUUUAGAUACCUUUUAACCCGCGACCAUUAUUAUAAACCUGUAUUUACUUCGUAAUUUUCAGAAUACUCGUACAUUCUUUCGUGAUUUUCGAAAUUCUCGGGGGGGGGGGGGGGGGGGGGGGGGGGGGGGGGGGGGGGGCCUUAGGCCCUGUGUAGCUCCGCCCCUGCAUUCAGACGCGUUUGGACCAGUGAAGCAGACCUCAUUGUAUGGAAUGAAGUACAUGAUUACUUUCAUUGAUGAUUUCUCAAGAUAUACUUUGGUUGACUUCACGAAAGAGAAAUCAGAGACAUUUUAGAAGUUUAAAAUGUUCAAAGAACUUGUUGAACGCAAAGCCUUCCAUGAUAUCACGUGUAUAUGUACAGACAAUGGAGUAGAGUACACCUCUAUUAUAUUCACACAAGUUUUCAAGGAGAAUAGAAUACGACGUCAGUUGACCUGCCCAGGUACUCCACAACAAAAUGGAGUAGAGCUGAGAAAGAACUGUCACUUGGUAGAAAUUAGCAGAAACAUGCUACAUGCAAAGCAUGUUCCUUCCAAGUUUUGGGCAUAAUGCAGAAGACCUUUGAUUGUGGGUAUUGACCAAUUUAUUGGCUAGGGUUAUACCAGACUUUAGUACCAUGGCUUAAUGGAAAACAUAUGAAAAGAUUUGAUCCGACAGAUGGCUCGUACCAUCAAAAGUUUCUAUGCAUAAAGUGUAAGAUGACGCUUUAAUUCCAUAAGAAAUAACACGGUUGCUCAUUUUUCGGCCCAUCAAGAUCUUUUUUGGAAACUAUAGUUUGUUUGGGCUCAGUCUUCCAAAAACUUAUAUUGUGUAAUCUAUCGCGAUUGAUGGUUUUUACCAACCACAGUUCUUAUAAAUAAUGAAAGCAACAAAUUAUUAUAUAUACAAAAUCAUAUAUAAUGCCAUAAUUAUAUUUUUUAUUUGCAGUGAAGUGACAUUGUCUAUACCACACGUUUCGUUAAUGACAAUCAUGAAUCAAGCGAUCCAGUGGUUGUGAAAAUUGAAUUGGUGUCCAUCUCGGUAAGACAAAUAUCUCGGGUUUACCGGUGAAAUCGUGAAAGAGUCGUCAACAACUCUCGGAAAAAUAUGAUAAAUCUUAUCGAUUAUGUCAACAAUACACAAUUUAAUGGAUACGAUCAAACAGGUUCCAAACCGUUCCACCCUGUACUUGUUCAAAAAAGGAGAAGAAGAGAAACUAACCCCAGAUUUGGUUAGCCCCUGACCCAAGAGAAAGGUUAAAACUAACCAUGGUCAAGUUAAUAGCCAAUGGGAAGCAAAAUAUGUAACCCAACCCAAGGGUUAAAAAUCCAACCCUAGUUGAGAUUCUUUAAGAGAGAGAUAGAGAGGAGGAGAAGAAGAAAAAAAAGUUGCCCAUGUGGUUGGGUUAAUUCUUAGGUUAAAUACUUAACCAAACCCAUACUUGCUUUUUUCUCCUCCAAUUUGUUAAAUAUUUUUUAAUUCCAUUGUUGGUGGGCUCUCAUAGAAGUUCUUUUUGAGUCUGUAACUAGAGAGAGAAAGGAGGAAAGGGAGAGAGAGAGAGAGAGAGCAGAAGCAGAGAAAUUCCUCUUCCAGGUCAGUUGGUUGAUGGGGUUUGGGUGUUGCCUCUAAUACUAUUGAUUGCAACUGGUCUCUUCAGAUUCAAAAAUAAUUCCCCCCAAUCAUUUGGAGAAUGGCGCUUUUGCCUUGAAUAGGUACGAACUGUUCAUCUCUCGCAACUCGGUCCUGGUGUUUUUUUCAAUUCCUCAAUAUUUCCAUUGUUUCCUCGCGCUUCCGCAUCAUCGUUUGUCAUCUGUUCGCCAUUGUCGAUUUCGAGGCCGGUUUCGUGUUUCCAAAAUUCUAGGGUUUUAUGCCGCGAAGCGAAUUUGAAUGUAGUGCAACUUGGGCCCAGUUUACGUGUUUACGUACUGUAGAUCUACGAGCGGGGGUCGCCGUGUUUGGAUGUCUGCGAAUGAAUGGUAUGUUUUGAGCUUGGCUAUGGAUGGGGCUUUGCUUAAACGUAAUUGGGAUUCUGUUUGUUGCUUUCGGUGGAGGCAACUGGAAGUUGGCAGGCAUUUUGAAUCUGGUUUUGGUCUCUUAAGGGUUGUGCUCGUCAGUGUAGAUUAAUGCCUACAUGGGGUGAUAUGUGACCUAUGUUUACCUUUUUCUUACUUGGAAUUGGACAUGUAGAGAAUUUAGGAUUGAUUGCUCAUGCCUGGCUCUUAACCUCCAACUGAUCAUUGAACUGAAAAGUCUAUGUUUCAAGUUUUAUCCAGUGGAAGUUCUGGCCCCUUUUCUCAAGCAAUGUUAUUGUGUGGUACUUUGUUGGGUCUUAAUUAGUGUUUAAUGAUUUAGAAGUAAUAAGUAUACAGAAUUAGAGCAUUUUACAUUACUAUUUGAUUGGCACUUUUCAGAUAGGUAAAGUCAACUUCAAAUUUCAACUAUAAUUAUGUGUUAAACAUAUGAUACAAGCAUUUUCGCAGUGAUUAUGUUGGCAUUGCUUUGUGCUACUAGCCUACCAUACAGCACAAGAUUCGUUUGCGUUGAGCAACAGUCUGAGUUGCAAUUCUAUAAUUUUCCUUAUUGUGUGUGAUGAACCCUGGUUUUUUCAUUUUGCAUCUUAUCAUUGCAUCAGAAGAAUUUACCCGUAUCAGCUGUAACAAGACCAGAAUACAGAAUAUGCACACAUUUCUUGUUAGCAUUGCAGAGAAUUAGACCACAGUUAACAGCAUAAAGACCUUAAAAACUUUAACUAUUUCAUACCGAAAGUUAGGCUUUAAGUAUAUUUUGCAAUUGCAACUAGGCUUGUCCUUACAAAGCUGUUGAUUUUAGUUGUGAUAUUGCUAUGCUAGUCUGACAGAAUUUCGAUGUGUUGCAGUUCCAGAACAGGCCAACCCCCCCCCCCCCCCCCCCCCCCCCCCCCAAAAAAAAAAGCAUUGUGAAUGAUGAGACUAGUGACUUAUGCCUAAGUUGGUAGUUUUCAGUACUAUAGAUCCAAUAUCUGUUCCUUUUGAGAUUCUACUGAUCCUUGAUCUUUUGGGUUAUAUUAUUCUUGCAGUAAGCUACUGAUCCGGUAAUUUUGUUUGAAGGCUCAACUAGGGCGGGCUGCUAGAAAAUUUUGGUUGAAAUUUCAGUUUGCAUCCAAGCAGACACGAGAGGAAGAAUUUUUCCUUCGUGGGAUUCACUCGGUUAUUAUGGAGUGCAACAAAGAUGAAGCACUCAGGGCUAAGGAAAUCGCCGAGAGGAAGUUCAAUUCUAAGGACUAUCUCUCUGCCAAGAAGUUUGUCAUGAAGGCUCAGAACUUAUAUCCUGGUCUGGAAGGCCUACCUCAAAUGCUGACAACCCUAGAAGUCUAUAUAUCUGCUCAGAAUAAAAUAAGCAAUGGUGAAGUCGAUUGGUACAACGUGCUCGGUGUUAGCUCAUUGGCUGAUGAUGAUACAGUGAGGAAACAGUACCGGAAGCUAGCUCUGGCCCUCCACCCGGACAAAAACAAAUCCCUGGGUGCUGACGGGGCAUUCAAGCUGGUCUCAGAAGCCUGGAGUUUGCUCUCAGAUAAAGACAAGAGAGUAGCAUACAACAAGAAGUUGAAUCCAACUGCAUUCUACCACAGAGACCCUAAAAAUCAGAGCAAAGUCCCCUCGUCUCAACCUAGUGCGAAUGGCAUUCAUACUUCGACCAAUUCUUCCACAAAGACUCAGGGCAGGCAUUCCUCAACUCCUUCACCUUCCUUAAAAAAACAGAACACAUUUGCAGGAACUGCGGCGGAUAUCUCUUCCCAGAAAAAGCCGGAUACUUUCUGGACUAUUUGUAACCAAUGCAAGACCCAGUAUGAGUACCUCAGGAUUUAUCUUAAUCACACCCUCCUGUGCCCGAAUUGUCAGCAGGCCUUUCUUGCUGAGGAGAGAGCUCCGCCUCCAAACAUUAAUAAGCCUCCACCGAAUCAAUCUCAUCGUCAGAAACAUCAUCAAAAUUCUAAGCAUAAUAUUGCAGCAAGUAACAACAUUGCUGCUUCUAGUGGUGGAAGGAGCUAUGGUACUGCUCAAAGAUCUGGAGGAGAGAGUUUUGGAGUCGGAAGUUAUGUAAAUGGUUCUCGUGGGACCUUCACACCACCAUCAACCGCCAGUCAAACUGUUGCUCCAACUGCAAAUAAUAUUCAGUUUGAUAGGAACCAUAUGCAUAAGAGGGGUGCUGGUGCCACUCCUCCUGCAGAUGAUCCGUUGCUGAAAAAGAGGAGAGUAGAUGACACCUACAACAUGGUUUUCUCCGACAAAGGAAAGGCGGCAACUGGAGAUGUGUUCGAAGGUAAGAAGGUCUCUGUUGAAGCUGAAAAGACCUACAGAUUUACCGACUUUCCUGGGUUUAGUACUGUACGAAGAGAGUUAAAUCCUCUGGAGCUUCGGAACAUGUUGGCAAGAAAAGCCCGUUCGACAAUCAGCAAAGUGUUGGAACAAUGGAACUCAAGAGAAGAGAAAGUAAUAAGCAACAGUAAGAAGCAGAAAAGCAAUGGAACCAAUUUUGUUAACAAUAUUCAUGAGAAUGACCAUCCUCGUAGCAUUCCUUCAAAUUCAGAGAAGCAGGGGAAGGAUUCAGUCCAUGACCGUGAGGUCUCUCCAGAUAAAGAUAAUGAAGUGACAUCCCUUCAGCCAGUAUCGAUUACUGUCCCAGAUUCCGACUUUCACAACUUUGAUUUGGACCGAACUGAGACUUCGUUCGGAGAUGACCAAGUAUGGGCUGCUUAUGACGAGAACGAUGGGAUGCCUCGUUACUACGCACGAAUCAUUCAGAUGAUAUCGGAGAACCCUUUUAAGUUGAAGAUCAGCUGGCUCAACUCGAGAACCAACAGUGAGUUUGGUUCUCUGCAAUGGGUGGGUUCAGGAUUCCUCAAAACAUGUGGUGAUUUCAGGACAGGGAAACACGAGAUCAAUGAAGCUCUGAAUGCUUUCUCCCACAGGGUGAGAUUCACAAAGGGAGCUCGUGGGGUCAUCCGAAUACUCCCUUCGAAAGGCGAGAUAUGGGCUCUAUACAGAAACUGGUCCCCGGAAUGGAAUCAGGAUACCCCCGAGGAAGUCAUGCACAAGUACGACAUGGUGGAAGUGGUGGAUGAUUAUGACGAGGAGCAGGGCAUAUCGGUCGUUCCUCUGGUGAAAGUCGAUGGGUUUAAAUUGGUUUUUGCCAAGCCGGCGGAUUCUUCUGAAGUCGGUAGGAGGAUUCCAAGAGAAGAAAUGUUCCGGUUCUCACAUCAGGUCCCGCACCAUCUACUCACGGGCGAAGAAGCCGAGAACUCUCCCAAGGGUUGUUACGAGCUGGACCCUGCAGCUAUACCUUUGGAGCUUCUUACGACGGAGGCUCAAAAGGCUGAAACAACCACUGGCGAGAUCGAUGGUAGCAAAGAAUCAGCAGAAGGUACUAGAGUCGGCAGUUAGGUAGAAGGAGACACCUAGUGGGAGGGUUUGUUCAUUACUAUAGAUGAUCAUUUUGGAUUCAGCAAAUGCAGGGGACAGCUGAAGGAAGGAAGAAGAUACAGAGUGCAGGAGAAUUAUAGGCAAAGUUUUAGUUUUUGAUCUUUUUUUGUAAAGCUGAUCCAGAAAGGAAGGAAAUAUUGUAGAUGCUUUCUUCAACUUGUGCCAUUACUAGUUCUAUUACUACCCGGGAUCCAAGAAGAUCCUGAGUUUUGUUCUGCAGCUUAUUGUGGCUGCAGAAUUUGGGACAGUUUUCUAGGCAAAACAGAACCACUCUUUUAGUACGUAGUACCCUGGAAGGUUACCAGCCGGUGGUUUUUCUUUUUACAGCUUUCUAUUGUGGUAAUGAUGCUUUUGGAUAUUGCUCGAGCCUGCUGUGAUUUGGGUUUCUUAGAUGUCUAAACUUUGAAGAAGCUAGUGAUGUUCAUUCUUUUUUAUUUUUCUUAGCUGAAAUGGUGCAUCUAUCGACCUUAUUGAGUUUCGUUAAAUAUAGAGGAGUUUCGAAGACAUCAUUUGGAGAAUUGGGUUGAAGGAGUUUACAUGGUGGAAUCGGGAUGCAGAUCUGCGAAAUCAUAUGCACAUCUGGCAUUCUGGUUUCUGGAGUCAAUAUUUCAACCACAAACGAAGAACACAAUCCUUAUUUUCAUGAAAAACUUCCCCCCUUGAUUGUAGUUGGGCUUAGGCCCAUAUCGGAUAAACCGGGCCCAAAUGGCUAGUAAUUAAGGAAUUGAAGAUUAUACAACUGGCCCAUUUAGUGAAGAAGACCUAUUACUGAUGGCCUGAUGGGCCACAGCCCACAGUUAGCCUCUGGCCCACAUGAAGCUUUUCCAGAAAAAAACAAAUGCGGGAAAUUCCCAUGCUUUGAACUCGAUGGCCGAGCUGGCUGAAGUUGAACGUUCUCGAUCUACAGAAAGCAUGAUAUGACCUAGUUAGUGAAUGGGAACGUAGGGUUAGCUUCAUAUUCAAGAUCUGGUAGCUAAACAAUUAGGCAUCGUACAAUGAUCAUUUGACCCCAAACCAACCAACCAAACCAGGCUGUAAAUUAAUAAGUUGUUUAGAUCUUUUAAGACCAAGUGAGUCAUCAUGUUCUUCUGACUGUGAAUAUAAAAACUCGCGGCUCGUACGAAACGUGACCAGAGCUCUGCUCGUUGUAUAUUCGGGAACAUGCAUAUGCAUUGCAUUUGUGGUCCAAAUCGGCCCGAACCCGAUCGACUAAAUAUAAACAAAUGGAGGACGGUGCUCCAUUAUUGGAGCUUAGCUAUAGCUAUAGCUAUGCCUAGUUGCCUAUGCUACCUAGGCUAUGUGGGUACACAAAACUUGUAUAUAUCUGAACAAAUCUCACAUUGAGAAAGUAGGAUUCAUGGUAGUGAGAUGUGUGGCGAUCUACCGCAAAGUCACCUAGGAAUGGACAGUCGGUUAGCGGUUAAUUAGCGAUUAACCGAUAGGUCACAAUCGAAACCGGCCGGUUAUCUACUAACCGAUACCAAGAUAAUCGAAACUCGGUCGGUGUUCGGAGGCUGGGGUGAUAUGGUUUUGGUCUUGGUGGCUGUUCGGUUAACCGAAGACCGAAUGCUUAAGCCCUCCUUCGAUAGGUGGUCGGAGGUGGUUCGGUUGACUGAUAACCGAACUGACCGGCCCUCCACCCCUGCCUAAAGUCACCUAUGAUACACCUAAAACAAAACUGUGCAAAAUAGGUCCAAAAGACCAAAACAAACAACAUCUUGAUAAAAAAAAAGGAUUGAGAUGUUACAGCAUCUUCACUUUUAGUUUGAUUUGUCAACCUGAGACGGCGGAGAAUAUGAACCGCACCGGCAAACCCUUGCUGCUACGGCGCCCUACCAUCCGAAAUUAACACAGAAAAGGAGAGAAAAAGAGGAGCUGCAGAUUGAAGAAAGAAAUACACGUACUAUAUGUCGACUUUUGACCCUGGCGUAUUGCAUGCGUUCAUGCAUGCAGCUAGCCCUAGCUAUAUAUAUAUUUAGCCUGGUUGAUUUAUUUUAUAUAAACAUAACUGUUUGAUUCUGUUCCUUUUUCCCACCCUUGAAAGUUACUGUUUGAUUCUGUCUCUCUGUGUCGAACAAAUUAGGUUAGUGAAUGGGUCAAAUGCAGUGAAUUCUACGCAUUCUUAAUGCAUUAAUAUAUAACGAAAUCUGGCCCAUCCGAGUAUAGAUCACACGAAGUUGGAAAACCAACGUACGAGGCUGUUAAUGAAUGAAGUUGAACGUUUCUCGAUCCAUGAAACGCAGGAAAGAGACGACUGCUGACUAAUGGGAACCUAGGGUUAAUUAGCUUCAUAUAAGUUUGGUCCAUGAAAUCGUACCGAAUAUCAUACAGGAAAAGUCAGCGAUAUGAUAUUUUAUAUGAUAAAACCGUGGUUUAAUCGUAGUUCAACCGUUAGACCGUUAAUUACCGCCUACCGAUUUAGCCUCCGAUACUGAUAUUUCGUUGUUGAACCGCCGGUACGGUACGAUUUCAUGGACGAUGCAUAUAACAGAUCUCGUAGCUAAUUAAUUAGCCAUCAUACAAUCACGUUUGACUCCAAACCAACCAACCAACCAAAGCAGGCUGUAAAGUUCAUAGACACCUUCUAAGAGCAACUGGGUUCAAUUCUGACUGUUCUUAUAUAAAUAUAACUAUACGAAACGUGACCGCUCGCAGCUCGAGUCGUUGGUAUAUUCGGGAACAUCCAAUGCAUUGCGUUGUGAUUUGUGGUCCUAAUUACUCCCGACUAACCAUCAUUAACUAAUGGAGGCCGGUGCUUCAUUAUUAAUUGGAGUUAAUUAGCUAUAGCUGUAUACCUAGGCUAUAUGUAGGGUUCGUACACAAAAACCCGACGAGUAAUAGAGAAAAACACAUGGCCGGCCGGCGUCCACGCUAUAGGCUAGGUAGUUAGCUAGCGUGCGUUCAUGCAUGCAGCUAGCUAUAGCCAAUUGUUGAUGUGACUUGAAUCGGACUAUCGGUCGUUACGACUGGAUUAAUCGGAGGGUCUCGCUGCCCGGUCAGCGAGUGGGGACCAGGGGCAACGCCCCGGUGGGGGUGCGGGUUGGAUUAGGUUUAGGUCCAUACGGAGAAGUACUAUAAAUACUUCUCAUAUACUCAUCUGUAAUCUGUAAUCUCCUCGAUAUAAUGAAACUGACCCUCUCUCGCCCGUGGACUAGCUAACACUAAUCGUAUUAGUGAACCAUGUAAAUCGUGUAUCUGUAUUUUUCGAUUCUCGCUUUCGUAUUCUUUCUUUAUCGAUUCCGGCGAUUUUUCAAUCCGUAACAGGCGCGUUUAUAACACCAACCGUGGUUUGUAGGUAGAAAUGUUUUAUUAUGUUCUCUUUUUUUCUUCUUCCUCUUGAACGUUACUGUUUGAUUCUGUCUCUGUGUCUAGAACGAAAGGUGGCUGAAUGGAAUGCAUGUGAAAGGGUCAAAUGCAGAGAAUUCCACGCAUUGAUAAUGCAUUAAUUUAACCUAUAUGGAGUCAAAUCUGGCACUUGGUUUCAUAAAACCUUUUAUUGCAGCUGGUUGAUUUCUUGCUUUCUGCCCGCUGAUUCCUCGCCUGUUACAGUUUUUAAUAUAUAAAUAAAUAUAUUCUGUCACCACGACGGUCAGGUGGGAGUGUCGAUCGGUUCGGUGGGUCGUUUGCCGUGUGAAAUGCGGACACGUUUGCUCCCUUUCCAGGGUUCCACUGGCGACGGAGAAUUAUAUUUCCACAGUAAUUAAACUUCACGAAAUUACUUCAAAAAAUGCAUGAUCAAAUAUAGUUAUUUGAGAAUUAUGCUUAUUCAUGUGAUUGUGAGAGACAUACCAAUGAAGUGAGGAUAAAUAUAUACCUUGGUAACUGAUUAUGUGUGACGCGAUCAGUGGUGGGAAAAGCGUAUUAAGUUUGAUGGAGUAUAUUCGACGCGGGGAACGGGAAAUGAAAGUAUCAAUGAUGAUGAUUUGUGAAAUCUUCUCUUUUGGUUUAUGCAGGGUUUUCUUUCUUUAGAUGUUGACUUGAAUCAAAUGGUAGAGUCGAGGAUUUUUUUUUUUUAAUUAGGAGAAUGGUGCAUAGCAUCAAGAAAAGCUAUGUGAGAAUAACACAAGGUUUCCGAGUGAGGUAACUAGCUUUCACGUUCUCCUCGUUAUAAUUAGUCAAAAGAGAAGAGAGAGGGGGAUUCUCAUUCUUUUUUCACUUUCGGUAUAAAAUCCCAUCAUCACUCGAUUCAACACAUUUUGUGGAACAAAAACCACACCCCCGAUUCCAUUAUAGUGUUAUCUCAUAUUCCAUGCCCUAUAUUUGGAUCAUAUAUGAGAAUUUCAAUCUAAUCUAAUGUAAAAUUAUUUACCAAUUUGGAGGGGCAAAAGUUAUUAGCCACUCGCUCCCGUUUGCAAUCUUUGAGGACAUAAUCGUAUUCCGAUUCUUUCAAUGUUUUCAAGACACUGUAUGAUGAGUUUUGCCUUGUGAAUAACAUAUAAAGACAAAUGAACCGAUCGAUUCUGAAUUAUAUCGAAAAUUAAUUAAUCGAACAUGUAAGUUUACAUCAUAUACAUCAUCCUCAAAUUCGAAAUGCUACGGCGAUAGUCCCCCCCACACACAAAAGUGAUAGUUAAUGAUAAGGCAUCUAAUAGCAACUCCUGUAUUUAGAUUCAGAGCAUAAAAACCUAUGUUAUCG